GCCCUCACCGGCCCAAUGACAUCACCGCUCCAGAAAGAGGCUUGCACCGCACACACUCCCCCUCCCGGCUACGGUGGCCGCCGAGGAUCUUUAGUGUAUUUCACGGAAGGGGGCUCCUCCUUGCAGGUAUCUCCUACCGCGUAAACAUGUUUACAUUCAUGAAUAGUUCAGACAGCGAAGAGGAAGAGGACUGCAAUGAGAGAACAUCACUGAUUGCUUCUGAAAGUCCACCACUGCCUAUUUAUCAACAUGGAGUACAGAGCUCAUCCGAGGCUACAAAUGAGAGGAAACAUUAUAGCAGUAGUGCUGAAGCUUUGAGUGAUGCAGCAAAUGGAGCGACUUCUGGUCCCUCAGACAGACAAGUCGUAGCGGACACUGAUGAAGAAGAGCUGACUCUUAAAUAUGGCGCCAAACAUGUCAUCAUGCUGUUUGUCCCGGUUACUCUUUGCAUGGUGGUUGUUGUAGCUACAAUUAAAUCUGUCAGCUUCUACACAGAAAAAAAUGGACAAUUAAUCUAUACACCUUUUUCAGAAGAUACAACCUCAGUUGGGCAGCGACUGCUGAAUUCCGUUUUGAACACAAUUAUAAUGAUAAGUGUUAUUCUUGUCAUGACAGUGUUUCUUGUUUUAUUAUACAAAUAUCGCUGCUAUAAGUUCAUUCAUGGAUGGCUGAUUCUGUCCUCUCUUAUGCUGCUGUUCAUGUUCUCCUACAUCUAUCUUGGGGAAGUGUUUAAAACCUACAAUGUAGCGAUGGACUACCCAACAUUGAUCAUGAUUAUCUGGAAUUUUGGAGCAGUGGGCAUGAUCUGUAUUCAUUGGAAGGGGCCUCUCCAGUUACAGCAGGCUUAUCUAAUCAUGAUCAGUGCGCUUAUGGCUCUUGUGUUCAUUAAGUAUUUGCCUGAGUGGUCAGCCUGGGUAAUACUGGGAGCAAUAUCUGUAUACGAUUUGCUAGCUGUAUUAUGUCCAAAAGGCCCUCUCAGAAUGCUGGUGGAAACUGCCCAGGAAAGAAAUGAGCCUAUAUUUCCAGCAUUAAUAUAUUCCUCUGCCAUGGUAUGGACAGUGGGAAUGGCAGAUUCCGAUGACUCAGAUCAGCAUGCAGAGGAAAGACUAGUAAAUGCGAACCAUAUGAUACAAGCAGAAGAAGAAACUAUUGAGACCCAAAUUCAAACUUCUACCCAUCGAACUGCACCUUCUGAUGAUGACGAGGAGAGGGGAGUGAAGCUUGGGCUUGGCGACUUUAUAUUCUACAGCGUGCUUGUAGGGAAAGCUGCAGCGACUGCUAGUGGAGAUUGGAAUACUACACUUGCCUGUUUUGUCGCUAUACUAAUAGGACUAUGUCUGACCCUUUUACUACUGGCAGUUUUCAAGAAAGCACUACCUGCACUUCCAAUUUCUAUCACAUUUGGCUUGGUAUUUUAUUUCUCUACAGAUAACAUUGUACGGCCUUUUAUGGACACCUUGGCCUCCCAUCAGUUGUAUAUAUAACAGAGUGAUUUUUCUGAAUAGACAUUUUUAGGAAUCUGUAAUCAGUAUGUGUACAUAAUGUGCUUUUACCUUUAGUGCCAAAUAUAUAUAUAUAUAUUAAAUUAGCAGGGAUAGUGUGCACAAUACGUGGUAUUCAUAGGAACAAAACCAAAGUUUUAAUUUGGUGUAUCUUUCUGGCAGGUCAAAGAUGAUCUGUGUUCACAAAACAUGAAAUAAUUCAAGCGUUAGGGCUCAUUUACGCUUGUGGGUGGUAAAAACUGGCAGUUGAGCCCUGUUUUUCCGCCUCUCCUUAAGCUGCAAAGGCAGCCAGGUAGGGUUGUACACAUGUUGCAGCAACAAUUAUCCUCCUGUUGCAUUCGGUAGUACCCCUGCUGAACGCAACUCAUUAUUGUGAAUGGCGUCGUGCCACAACUGCCCUGCAACUGCAUACAGUGCACGUGGUGGUGCAGCAAUUACAGGGUUUAAACAAGCGGUGAGAAGGUGACUUAUCGCCUCCUCACCCCCCUUCAAAAAGCAGUCCACUGCAAAUUGCUUCUUAGAAAGGCAGCAAAAGCCCACCAUGUGUAAACAUAGCCUUACAGUUAUAUCUACAACUCCGCAGUUUGUCCUAAUGGCCAGUAUCCCAAGUGAUCUAAUGUGUGUACAUGUAGAAGCAUAAAGGAUAAAAGCUUCCCUGUAAGGUGUUCCCAUAUAAAGUGCACUCCUUUACUUUCUGUGGAUACUUCAGUGUGCUGGGAAGAUGCUCAGUAGCCCCACAGAGAAAUGGAAACAUCCAGACUUCACAUUUCAAUGUAUUGUAGUGAGAUCAGUGAGAGAUGAUUUUGGAAAAUGCUAUGGGUUGUGAGGUUGACAGAUGCUGGUGCAGGCCCUAUUUAUUGAACACUGCAUUAUAAAUGGUUUUGAUGCAUUUGCACCAUGAUCUACAACUGAGUCUCAUGACUGAGUUUAUGCUGCUUAAAGCAUGAUGAAGCCGUAAGCUCCUGUUUGGCAUGGAUAUCUGUUUGCAGAGCUUUGGGCAUGCUCAUUGGUAAAUCACAAGUCACAAAACCUAUUGGAGAAAGACAACUCGUACAGCAGAAUGCCAGUCUGUCCUGUACUUCAUUGCACUCUUUGCACUGGCUUCAAUAAGCCUGAAUAUACUUCUUCUGGCAGCAUGAAGGACCCCAUUGUUGUCUCAGAACUGAUAUGAAAUAUUUGAGAAUGACACAAGGAAAAAUGAAGGCAUGACUGCAAAAAAUAUUUAAUGGUUUGUUUAUAUUUUCUUGCACAUUUCUAGCUGUAAUAUACUGUAGAGAUAUUUUGCCCAUGUUAAUAAAUUCUCAGAAAAUAAAGUAA